AUGGAGCUUGGAGGCGGAGGGCGAGGCCCCGGCGACCGGGUCCGGCGGCAGCUGCAGUCAGUGGGGCGGCUGGCAGCUUACCUCGGCGGCGGAUUCCUCCUCCUCUCCGCUGCCUCCUCCGUCGCAGUCCGCUCCCUCCGCGCCCUCUCCGACGCCAACCAGGUGCACGCGCUCGCCCCGUUCCCCACCACCCUCCGAAGCGCGAACCCUUUCGGUUUCUGCUCUGGUCCUGCCCCGCGCCGCGAUUGA